UCCACCGUGGAAUAGAGAGAGCUAUAUUGGACGGGGAUGUCUGUCUCAUAUCUGUUUCAUUUUUAAUAUCCCCACCAUACAUGGUAGUAAAUGCGGAAAGAGGACAGAAGUCCCUGCCUACUAUUGUUAUCCUUGGGCCGCGAAUUGUACAUUGGUCCUUAUGGUUGUAUAGCUCACUACUUCAAACAAACGUGGUCGUAUGGAAGGGGCAGCACCUAUCCGGUUGCCAGCAAGGAGAGAAGGGAAGAAAUUCAAACGAGUAACGACAUACAACGGUAUUUCUUGUAUCGCGUGUGAUAGAAACAAAUAUAGAUUUAUAUAGGUUUCUUUUGUGCAAUAGAUUCAUAUUUUGCAAGAAUCAAGGAAAAUAAAGACGUCGAAACGAUGACUGACCAACCGGAAUGGAAGCCAGUGGAAAAAGUAUUGAACGAGGACUGUAAGGAAACACUCACCAAGUUGGAAAAGAUCUUGCAAAACGCAGAAUGUUCCAAGGAGACGCGACUAAUUUACUAUGAGCAGGUACAGAAUUGUAUAAAGGAACAGUUAGAUGACAUUGUGACUGAAGCACAAUCAAAGAAGCUGUUGUUGUUAAAGACCAUAGAGGAUUGGAAAAAGCAAGAAGAUACAAGCAUUGGAGGAAUGAUUGAUUAUCCCAAAUGGAAGCCAGUUGAAAAAACAAUUAAUGAGGCAGUUAAGAAGACACUCAAUACGUUGCAGAAAGACUGGGAAGAUAUAGGAUGCUCUAAUGAGACGCAAUUAAUAUAUUAUAAGCAAGUACAGAAUCAUAUAAAGGAAUUGCUGUAUGACAUGAUAGCUGAAUCACAUUCUAAGAAGGAACAGUUGUUAAACAACGUACAGGAAUUAUUAAAACAGAACGCAAAAUUAAAUGCAGAAUUAAACUUUACAAGUGAGCAAAAUCCGAACCUGGAUAUAGUGUCCAAGAAGACCUACGACCAGAUGCCAUUGAACGAAGUGGAACAAGUACUUCAAGCAAAUCUACAAAUCUUGGAAGGCAUAAAAAAAGAACGUAUGAUGUUAAUAAAGGAAUUGCUGACAAAGGAACAUGUCAUUUGUGAGAAACUCGGUAUCAAAAAGUUUAACAUCAGUACAGAUGUUGUACCUACUGAGCAGGAACUCGAGAGUUUCAAGUUGUAUCUACAGAAACAAGAGAACGAAAAAAUACGUUUAGAAAAUGUUUUUACGGAAAUACGUCAUUCUAUAAUUGAAAUGAUGGAUGAUUUGGAUAUAGCUCCUUCUUCGUCAUUUGAACAAUUGGUUUGCGAUAAUCCUGAGGAGUUUGUGCUUAAUAAAAACAAUAUGGCAAAAUUGAAAGAGUUUAGAGACGAGUUAAAAACACAAGUGGAAGAAACAAAGUGCCGUGUUGAGAAAAUGAAAGAAGAUUUAUCGGCAUUGUGGAAAUAUCUUGAUGAACCUGUCGAUGUUUAUCACUCCUUUCUUGAAAGACACCCUGGUUACAGCACGAGUACAAUAAAUGCUUUCAAUGCGGAAAUAAAACGGUUGAAAGAGAAAAGAAAGGAGAAUAUUUUCAGAUACGUUACUCAGCUCAGGUAUGAAUUGAUGAAUUUGUGGGAUUUAUGCAAAUACUGUGAAGCAGAAAGAAAUGCAUUUGCACCAUUUCAUUCCAAUACAUUCACCGAGGAUCUGCUAAUGUUACAUGAGUUAGAAGUGGAAAAGCUACGCAAAUUUUACAAUGAUAAUCGAACAAUAUUUGACCUUCUGGAACAGCGCGAAAAUGUUAUAAUUAAGAUAAAAGAAUUACUUCAACGUGCAAAUAAUCCUGAUCGCUAUCACAAUCGCGGAGGCCAGUUAUUAAUGGAAGAGAGGGAACGUAAGACGAUACAAAAGAAAUUGCCCAAAAUUGAAGAAGAAUUGAGGCAAUUGAUAAAUGAAUAUGAAACUGUGCACAACCAGAUGUUUACCAUUCAUGGUACAUCUUUGGAAAAUGUCUUAGCAGAAUCUUGGGAAAAUAUCCAUCACGAGAAGGAAACGAUCAAAAAGGCGAGGAAAGAGGCAAAGGAUAAAUCUGUUAAGAAAUCACCUUUGAACAGUUCCAAACCAGGUAUGUCUCACCUCAGUAUUGUUAGAACUCCACUAGGUUUAUCGAAGCGUAAAUUGUUCACUCCGUCUCCCAAUACAUCGUCAAAGAGAAACAGAAAUGGCGACAGAACCAAGCCCACUGUUGUUGCAUCCAAGAUUAGAAGAAGUGGAAGACUUCCAAAAAUUCUUAUAACAAAACCGAGUAGAUCUUCAAAAGGUGGACAAAAAAGAAAGGAAUCGUUGUCACCCAAUAAUAGUGUGGUGGAUACAACAUACAGCAAAUUCCAAGGCCAUAUGACAGAGAGAGAAGAAUUACACAGUUCAAUGCUGCCGGACCAAAUAUUGAAGACCAGCAAUAAACUCAAUAUCAACAAAACGCCAAUAGUACGAACGCCCAUGAAGCCGUUGAGGAAAAAUCUCUCUGCUGCUACAACGCCUACCAGUAGUUCUGCGCGCAAAGCCCCGCACAGUCCCAGAAUAACGAAAACUCCAAAAUUAGUGCCAACUACGAAUAAUUUACCUUUUAUUUUUUAAAGAAAAAAACGGACAAUAAAUUUUAUAUAAAAUCUACGAAAUAAUAAAUUUUAAUUGACUUAGAAACGGAGGGUGGUGGUGUAUACGUUAAUGGAAAUAUAGAGGAGAUGUUGCAGAACAUGGAACAGUGGGUAGGGGAGAAGAAAGUGGAAGUGAAUACCACAAAUUUUAAUUGUAUAACAAAAUGUUCUUGCUUGUAAGAACAAUUUUAGAAGUGAUUUGAUUUGAAUCAAGUUCUAAUUGUGUUAAAAAUUUGUUUUUCAGACAUUUUUAUCAAAUGUUGUAUAGCAGUAACAAGGGUCGUAUACAUAACUACUCAGUAAAGUUGGAGUACAAAAUCUAUUGAACUACUAAUUUUUUAAAGUUUCAAACUAUAAAUUGAAUUAAAUACUCAUCGUACAUAAGAAUGUAAUUAAAAAUUAUCGCAUACUUAAUAAUAUAAUAGUAUAAAAUCUAUUAAAUUACUUUCAAUGUAGUAUAGUCGAGAUUAAUUUAAGUUAAAAAGUAAAAUUAUUUAUUAGAUUAAGAAAAGCACGUUACUUUUUCAUAAGAUUUUUCUUUCACUGAAUAGGAUUAGUUCAACGCAAUUCUUGUACGCAGCUAAUAUAUUAAGUGAAUUGAAUAUUAAUAGUCAAUUCAAUUGAUUAAAUUGUUUAUGCUGAAACACAA